AUGCCUGGAGGAGCAGUUGUUCAUGGCACAACGGAUACGUCCCGUAUCGAGGCGCCAGUAACUGCUAAGGCAUACUUCAUGUGUGCUUUUGCAGCAUUUGGUGGUAUUUUCUUUGGAUAUGAUACAGGUUGGAUGUCUGGCGUUUUGGCAAUGCCUUAUUUCAUUACUCAAUAUACUGGAUUACCCAAACCUCCUGCGGAUGCCCCCAAGGCAACUUUGGACGCAUUCGCCAUCUCUGCUAGCAACCAAUCUUUGACAACUUCUAUCCUUUCUUGUGGUACUUUCUUUGGGGCUCUUAUCGCCGGUGACGUGGCCGAUACAAUUGGACGUCGGUUGACGAUAAUUACUGGUUGUGCAGUCUUCUGCGUCGGAUGUAUCAUGGAAACUGCCUCCACUGGUCUUGGGCUUAUGGUUGCAGGUCGUCUAAUUGCUGGUGCUGGUGUUGGAUUCAUUUCUGCGAUCAUCAUCUUGUACAUGUCAGAAAUUGCUCCGAAAAAAGUACGUGGUGCUCUGGUCUCAGGGUAUCAAUUCUGUAUAACGAUCGGAAUCUUACUUGCCAAUUGCGUUGUCUACGCUACACAAGAUCGCACUGAUACUGGCUCCUACCGAAUCCCAAUUGCACUUCAGUUCUUAUGGGCAAUUGUCUUGGCAGGUGGAUUGUUCAUCCUUCCCGAAUCACCACGUUACUAUGUUAAGAAAGGCCGUCUUGAAGAUGCUGCCAAGGCUCUAUCCAAUGUUCGUGGUCAACCAAUUGAGUCGGAAUAUAUUCAAGACGAACUUGCGGAAAUUAUCGCAAACAAUGAAUACGAACUCUCGGUCGUGCCACAAACGUCCUACAUUUCUCAAUGGACUAAUUGUUUCAAAGGAUCCAUGUUCGAUGGGUCCAGUAACGUUCGAAGAACAUUUACUGGUAUCAUGCUCCAAUGUAUGCAACAAUUCACUGGUAUUAACUUCAUCUUUUACUUCGGAAAUGUCUUCUUCAAAUCUCUCGGGACGAUCAAGAAUCCCUUCUUGAUCUCCCUAAUCACUUCCUUGGUAAACAUGUUGACUACCCCUCUUGCAUUCUGGACUGUCGAACGUUUUGGUCGUCGUACCAUACUUCUCAUUGGUGCUUCCUGCAUGAUCACUUUCCAAUUCCUAGUUGGUAUCAUUGGUGUGACCGCCGGCGAAGCCGACAGGCAUAACAACUCGGCUGUAUCAGCUAUGAUCGCUUUCAUUUGUCUCAAUAUCGCCGCCUUCGCCACAACCUGGGGCCCAGCCGCCUGGGUCGUCGUAGGAGAAAUCUUCCCCCUCCCCAUCCGCUCCCGCGGCGUCGGUCUCUCGACCGCCUCCAACUGGUUCUGGAACUGCAUUAUCGGAGUCAUCACUCCAUAUCUCGUCGGCACGCAAAAAGGCGAUGCGAAUCUAGGCGCUAAGGUCUUUUUUAUGUGGGGUUCGCUUUGUGUCUUGAGUUUGCUGUUUGCGUAUUUCUUUGUUUCUGAAACGAAGGGGUUGAGUUUGGAACAGGUGGAUAGGAUGUUAGAGGAGACGACCCCGAGAACGAGUGCAAAGUGGGUGCCGCAUAGUACGUUUGCGGCGGAGAUGGGCUUGACGGGCGAGGAGAAGGUGGGGCGUGCUCAUGGUCGUGGUCAUGCGGGGGCUGGGGAGAAGGGGAAUGUGGUAGAUAAUGUGGCGCAGAAGGAGGUUAAUAGUGAGGUUGUUUGA